UUGUGCAUUGGGUCAAAGGCAGCGAGUUUCCCAUUUUCCGCCCUUCCUAUUUUUUCCUUAAUACAAUCACAUCAAAAUAUCAACAUUUGCAUUAUUCAGGUGCGCGAUACUUAUCUAUCGGAUGCUUCACGAGAACGACUAGGAUUAGCGCUAUCGGAUUCCGUGCUCAAUCUUUCACUUGAUCUGCGAUCGCCUUUUGCAGCUUUACUACAUUCCAUUCAACUUGUCAAUAAUCUCGCAUCCAUUUUCGAUUAUCGGUUACCUUAUACGAUAUCUCACCACGAAAUCUCAUUACGGGAACGUUGGAGUCGAGAGCUUUUGGAUAACGAUUGGUUCAAAUUCUGCCAAUCUGUACUAGCUUUUGGUCUUUAUCUUGGCAUGCCUCCAGAAAGUCUUCAUUUCAACUGCCCACAUUCUAACAUAAUCGAACAAGCCCGGUUUAUCAUGGAGGGUGUGACCAUACCCAAGCCCCAACCCAUCAUAAUAGCGCCCAAUCAUCGAUUUGAAACUAGCGAAACGCCACCACGGGUAAAUGUCAACGAUCAUGAACUGAUUUCUGAUUGGGAUACCUGUGAAGAUCUUGACAUAAUACAUGCAAAGGGUCAACUAUUGUGA